AUGUUGAAGAGCAAUGGCAAGAAGAUCACGGCAUCUCUGCUUUCAAAGUUACCGAACAAAGCAUCCAAGUCAGCCACCUCCAAGAGUUCCGAGGCGAGUUGCUCCUUAGGGUCGGGUGCCGUGAACGGUGCACCUCCCGACAUUACUCCUGAAGCGGUACUCCCAACUACGGCCGUGAGCGGCCCUGAAGCUCAGGAUAGCAGGCCGCAUGGUAACAUAGAUCCAAAACUUGCUGCUGCCGUGCUAAUCUUUGCCGUGCUGGCGCUUUGGAGACCUGCUGUCUGGAUGUUCCUCAUUUCAGUUGCGAUGAAUCUGGCGCUCGGCUGCGCCCUGGUGCUGCAAGCAUCCUACGCGCAGCGCCAGCGCACGUUGCUCAGCCGAUGCUUUGAGAACAGCGAGCGCAGCUCCACGAGGUCCGAGUCCCCCGGGUCCCCCGAGUCCCCUGGGUCCUCUGGGUCCUCUGAAGCAGGUGGAAUGGACGCGGACGUCACAUCGACGUGUGGCUUGCAGCAGCUCCUGGACCCUGGAUGGAGACACAUGCGAGAGGUCAUUGGCCACCGCGACCUCAAAGGCAUCCUCACGCAAAUUGAGCUCGGCGACAAGUCGCCGCGAGUCACGUUCGUUCGCUCAGUUAACUCUCCCUGCGAAGGUGUAGUGUGCUUCGAUGUGGGAUUGCAAUUGCUUGCAUCUUCAAGCUGCCCAUUCGUGCAGCUGGAAGUUCCAGUCCCUGGCUACUCCGAUCCCUGGAUAUUUCACAUGCAACUCCUUCAGCUGGAUUUGACAGUGCAACUCUACUUCUGGAGUGCGCCCCCUGAAGGCCGUGGAAGUGGCCGGUCUUAUUCCCUCAUUGAAGCAGCCUUAAGCCCAGAGCCGCCGAAGCCUCCGAUGAUCUCCGUCGCACUCAAAGCGGUUUCAAGCUCGAGCAUGCUGGAGCAAGUUCUUUGCAAGUGUGAGCAUGUUGCCUCGGCAGUGAUCUGCUCCCAUGUUCUUCCUCGUUUCACAGGCUUUGAACACCGAGUGAUCCUGGAGGAAGGCCGCGCGCGGCAAGCAAUCGACAGCACGGCCUGGCAACAAUGCGCCCGGCGAGCUGGAUGGCAGCCAAGAGCCGAAGCGGUGGUGGAGUCUGCCCCGAGCUUAGUACGAGCUCCGCUUGGGACCCGUCUUCGGCAGUGUAGCGCAAGGCACUAG